AAUGGUCACCCAUCUUUCGAUUACGGGUACACAAGGGUGAAUUGCUCCUGGAUCUGGAUGCGGGCAUCCUUUCAAUGAUUCCGCACUGUGGCUCGUGUCUGUGUUGUGUUCACUUCAUGGGAUAGACAAUGCUCUGUGUCUUGGCAUUACGAUAUUCAGCUGCUGCUCGUCUGGUUGAUCGGAAAAUGUAGUCAUUCAAUGUGACAUUAGCCUACUUCUAUGCUGUGUUCAGAUUAUUGCUCUGGUCCUAGACGCAGACCAGCAAUUCUGUGAAAAGAUGUUGAGCCGAAUAAUGAGUGGCAGUAUCCGGAAUCUGGAUAGAGAAUACGACUGCACCGUCAGACUCCUGGAUGAUACGGAAUAUACCUGCACAAUUCAGCGGGAUGCUAAAGGACAGUAUCUGUUCGACCUUAUCUGCCACCACCUGAACCUACUGGAGAAGGACUACUUUGGCAUCAGAUAUGUGGACCCAGACAAGCAGCGGCAUUGGUUGGAGGUCACAAAGUGUAUUGCCAAGCAGAUGAAAUCCCAGCCUCCGUUCACCAUGUGUCUCAGAGUCAAGUUUUACCCUCCUGAUCCCGCUGCUCUCAAAGAGGAAAUCACCAGAUAUUUAGUCUUCCUGCAGAUCAAGAGAGAUCUGUACCACGGCCGCCUCCUGUGUAAGACAUCGGAUGCUGCCAUGCUGGCUGCCUUCAUCCUGCAAGCUGAGAUUGGGGACUAUGACCCUGGGAAACAUCCUGAAGGAUACAGCUCUAAAUUCCAGUUCUUUCCAAAACAUUCAGAGAAGCUGGAGAGACGAAUCUCAGAUAUACACAAGACAGAAUUGAUUGGCCAGACACCUGAAACAUCAGAGCUGAACUUCCUCCAGAAAGCCCAGAUGCUGGAGACAUAUGGUGUGGAUCCUCAUCCAUGCAAGGAUGUAUCUGGAAAUCCAGCCUUUCUUGCCUUCACCCCGUUUGGAUUUGUCGUGCUUCAGGGAAAUAAGAGGGUUCAUUUCCUCAAGUGGAAUGAGGUGACUAAACUGAAGUUCGAGGGAAAGAUAUUCCAUAUAUAUGCAAAUCAGAAGGAGAUCAUCUUGACAUACUUUGCACCAACACCAGAGGCCUGCAAGCACCUGUGGAAAUGUGGAGUGGAGAACCAAGCCUUCUACAAGCUGGAGAAGUCGAGUCAGGUGCGGACAGUGUCCAGCAGCAACCUGUUCUUCAAGGGGAGUCGUUUCCGCUACAGUGGACGAGUAGCGAAAGAAGUGAUGGAGCAGAGUGCCAAAAUCAAACGAGAGCCUCCAGAAAUACACAGGGCUGGCCUGGUUCCCAGUAGAAGCUGUCCGUCCAUAACUCAUGGCCCGCGCCUCACCAGUGUUCCACGCACCCGCCGGAGAGCUGUCCACAUAUCCAUCAUGGAGGGUCUGGAGUCGUUGCGUGACAGUGCCCACUCUACGCCUGUGCGCUCUGUGUCCCAUGGGGACUCCUUCAUGCCGCGCUCCCGCAGCCUGGCCACGAACGCCAGCGAGGGCUCGGCAGUGAUCUCUGACGAGGCCUACAGCCCCUCUGACAGUGUGCUGCCCACCCCCGUGGCAGAGCACAGCCUGGAGUUGGCCGUGGCACGCCAGGUCAAUGGAGCUCCCUGCAGCAUCGAGGAGGAGAAGGAGUCGGAGGCGGGCACCCCCUCUGUGGGGGAAGCAGGCGACUUGACAGACAGUAGAGCGGCGGUAGAGGGUGCAGGGGGGGCCUCGUCGCUCAGCGAAGUGGAACAGGUGAAUAAGUUUGUUUUAAGUGUCCUCCGUUUGCUCCUUGUGACCAUUGGACUCCUCUUUGUCUUGCUCCUCCUCCUCAUCGUCCUCACCGAAUCCGACCUUGACGUUGCAUUUUUACGUGAUAUCCGCCAGACCCCCGAAUUUGAGCAGUUCCAUUACGAAUACUUUUGUCCCCUCAGGCGGUGGUUUGCCUGCAAGCUCCGCUGGGCGGGCAGUUUGCUCAUUAACAAAUGAGAGAGAGCAUGAGGCCGUAGAGUGCGUAAGCCCAUUCGGGGGUUUGAGAAGACGAUUAAGGCUCCGGAGAGAUGGAGGGCAGCCCCGUCCCAACCAUGAACCCAGCUUCUCUCAUGAUACUCCCGCUGACAUACACCUCGGACCACUCCUGGAAUCACUGUGCCAGGAGUUUCUCUCUCUCUCCCUCCAUUUUGAGUUACUCCCCCCUUUUUCCCUUUACGUUAGUUUCUUUUUUACAAAGCCAGAAGACAUUUUUGCAUUUUAUUUUAUUUUCAGGUCAUUUCAGGUAUUUUAUUUUUUCAAAAAAUAUAAACAAAAAAAUAUUAAACUGAAAUCAAAGAACUGAAGUAUUUUAGAACGUUACUUUUUAGGAAGUAGACAUUUUGUUGCAACGAAUGAAAGUUGCCUUCAUUUACUAUUUAUUGUUUGGAACAUAAAACAUUUGCAUAUGGGAGGAAUGUGAUGCAAGGAUAUCAGGAAAGCCACUAAGUCAUUGAAAUGGUUCAGAACGAAGUGAGCUAGAUACAGGUUUGAAAACAUCCAUCCCAAUCAAUACAUCUUUAAUGGUUUUCAUUGGGUGGCCAUUGAUCAGAACACCUUGUGUGAGGGAAAUUGGAGCAAUGUGCAUUGUGUCUGUCUGUCAAAGUGCAAGUGAUUGAAAUUGAGUAAGUCAGGAUGAUUACCAAAUGCCUUUUAUGAAGAAAAAAGUAGAUGACAUGAAGACCAUUUUGAAUUUGGCGGAUUGUUUUAAAGUUAUAAUUGAGUGGAAAUGCAACUACUGUAUGUGUUUAAAGUAGAAACUGUGAAGUUUUAUAAAGGAUACAGUUAAAUAAACCAGUAACCAUGGUGUUUUGUGACCCCAUUGUGUCAGUAGUUAGAAGUGUUGAUGAUCAACCUCAUAGAAACACUCACUAGCACCAAUAGGACCAGUCUAGGUAGAUGUGCAAUACUCCUAUGGUUAAAUACUUCAGUACUUUUGAAUGAGUGCAUUUGUUUUGUCAUAUUUCUUAAUUUAGUUGUGUCUACAUUUCUUUAUUAUGUUAAGAUCUGAUGAAAUGUAAUGAUUUCUUUGUAUAAAGAAUUUAUAGUUUAUUUUAGUUACAUAUCAACCUUGCUCUUAAGUUUGUGUAUAUCACACUAUAAUUAAUUGUUAGCAUAAGAAUGACACUGAUGUACUUUUUGUACAAAGUCGUUUGUUUCCUAAUAUAUUGACAGUUUUUCCAUGUAUAUUUUAACAGAACUGAAAUGUUAUUUUGUUAUUGAAGAUGAAAUGAAACAUUUUUUUAGCGCUGUGUUUCAAGUGAGGUCUAGAAUUUAUGGACAUAUUGGAAGGGAGGUUUAACUCAGAAACAGGUAUUUUAUCCAGAUCCACUGACUCCCCACAGAUCACAUCUCUCUCACUCCACCAGCAAUGAAGCAUCAGUCACUGUAUGCACACUUUUUAGAAGUCAAUACAACUAUUUCCAAUGCCCACUCUGGGCCAGGAAGGCACAACAGAUGGUGGAGGAACAAUACAUAUUCUGGAAAGUAGACGGGACUACAAUACCAACAGAAAAAGCAUAGUCAGUCCAAAGACACGCCUGUAAACGUCACAACAAAUGCAGAUAGUCAAUAGUUUUCCAAAGUUUGAGAGGUGACUGUGCAGACUCUUCUGCCUCAUAGCUCAAAGGAGCAAUAAUUCUGCUGUCAUGGCUGCUGGAUUCUGGGUAAAAUCUGUUUUUGUGUUUUUGUCUACCCCCUCUACUGUACCUGGUGCAGGUGUGAGUGCGUUUGUGUGUCUGUAUGUGACAAACUUCAAGAUGAUAAUGUGAAGUGUUGACUGAGAAAAAUAUGGUCUUAUUUUUGAAAAGGGAGAAUAAAAGAGAGUGAUAAGUAAGAGAGUUUGGAAAGAAAGAGAUUGAGUGAGAAAGAGGUACAAGGGACGUCAGAAGAGGUGAGCAAUGAGGAACUGGUGAGUGACCAGCCUCACAUGAAAGUGGCCGGUACAAGUAUAGUGAAAGGGGAAUGCAUAUGUGAGCACUUGGUGCCUGUGAUUCAAUUGGCAGUACAGCCAUGCCUGUUUUGGCCUGUUAUUUAACACCAUGACCUCCACACAGCUGAUCCAUGCUCUGAUCCCCCAGCGGUGCUGCUGCCUGCUCUUCCCUGGGGAACCUAGCCUAGGCCCAUGUAACCAGAGCACUGUAGCCCCUGGCCCUAAGUGUAGUCUGUCUCCCAACAGCACCCUCCUAGUUGAGGUAGACCCAGCAAUGAAGACACUACAGCAUACUGUAGUGCUAUGGAUGGGUUUCUACUGUAUUCAUAGCCAUUUCAGUUCUUAACCCUCAAUCAACCGGGUGGAGCCCAGACAUCUGUGGUGAUAAAUAUCCAUGUUUAUGGCACAGGGGUGGUAAAAGCAGCCCUUAGUAGCAAAUCUGGUGCAGCAACUGUUAUAUACCGUAUAAAGGCAGAAAUUCCUGAGUGAAAUAUGCAUGCUCUCUAUGCUCGUAUACCAUGCAUGCACUUCCAAUGAACAACAGAUACAAGGAUGAAGGACGACUUUGUCUGUACCUGGAUGGGGAGUGUAGAUCCGAUAUGCAAGAUAACGGUACUGUUUCAUUGUUUUAUGCAUUCAUAUUUCCUAUUUAUUACUUGCCUAAAGCUAAAUACUGUAAAGGUCAACAGGACUGUAGGCAGAGUAUGUUAGUGUUACUUCUUAAAGGUCAGGGAACUGGAAGAGCAAAAAGGAAGGAGAUGUCAAUUGAUGGUCUACGUUCGUAUGCAUUAGCAUUAUGUAGCUUCAAUGGUCUUUCCAAGCAUGCACCAAUUAAGGCAGCAUCAUUCAAUGAGCAAUAAUCAGUCAAACUGUAAGAGCAAAUGGACAUAGAAAUGUAAACAGAAGUCUUACACUGGACAUUGUGCUGUUGGUUUUUGCAGUGUCAAAAAAAUCGGUCUACUGUCGCUGUAUCUACAAAACCAACAAGUGCUCAUGGUACGCUCCUUUUCCUUCUUUUUAAAUAAAAACAGUAAUAAUGUGAAGACAAAUACAGUUAUCAUUAUUCUUAGUAUUUACCACAUUUUAUAGUGUUUCUUUCAUUGUUAGUGCUCUUGUUGGGAUGUUAGCCUGCAGAGUUUUGUUCAACAGUACUUCAGUGUGACUGAGGUGUCUUUCCCUGUGCCUGGAAUCUUUAGUACCUAACAGCUCUGCAUUUUACAAAAGGGGCAUAUGAGUGAAUGGACAUAGACAUAUAUUCAGUGCAUCCUCCUCAUAAAGUAUGGACGACCCUUUCAUCUCACAGACUCAAAGGGAAAACACUUCUUGCUGUGUAGCUUUGACGUCUCAUCCUGUAGAUGUUGUGUUAAUAUAGGGUGGAGGUUACUGAUCCCAUGUCAUGUUUAUGGUCAGCACUUAUGGCAGCGUGAGUCAUCUGUGUGUCUGGGGGAAAGUUCUCUAGUUGUCUCCACCUGUAUCUGUCUGUACAGGUAUGUUGCCUUUGAAAAACCUUGAAACUAUACAGUACCUUUCGUCUGGAGAUGUUUAAAUGAUUUUAUUUGACUGAUCUCUAUUGGGAACUGGCUGUAGUACUUGUUUGUCUGGUAGGUGUUUCAGACUCUUGCUGGUAGUGUGUUAAACAGUAUGGAAUUGUUCUGAUGUUAUCUUUGGACAUCUGCUAUGGUUUACAUGCAGUAUGUUGGCAAUCAUUCUGCAGUUAAGUUCUAUAGGACAAACUACAUUAGUUAUUGAACAUCAGUUAGAUUAGCUAAAUUCAUUUCAAAAGUCAAUACACUGGCCAUACCCAUAAAGUCUGAACUGGGAACCACAGGCUAAUAGAUCACUUUUACUGGCUAUUUUUCUGAUAAAAGGAGGUGCAAGAUAUUCUACAUAUGAUGGCUGUUUGCCAGUGACAUGAAGAGUAAACAGUAGCCAAGCAAAAAGGACAGCUUGAAAAAGAAUAUGCUAGUUUGACUGCAUACAAGGUAAAUGGCAUUGAGUGGUCUUUUCCUGAAGGUCCCCUUUACUCUCACAGUAAUACUACUUAACAAGUAGAGGACAGACAGAGCAGCUGAGGGAGUUAAUAAAAUCAGUCAUACUAUUGUCACCUUGUAAUAUGCUUCUACCCCUUCACCAGCUCCCAAGCAAAUAGACGCUCACACAGCCAUGCAUAUACAUGUAAAUAAGUGUAUAUGCAUACCAGUGUCUGUCGGCAUGUCUUAUGUAUUCUGCAUCUUUCCAAGUCAGGACUGAAGGUUGCUGUUUAUUUACGUAAUAUAUGAAUAUACAAAUAUAUACAAAUGUAUGUGCCAAAUCCAGUCCUUGUUCAGUCUCAUCCAUUCCGAACCCAUGUUUGUACGGUAGGAAACCUUCUGUACAACACAGUAUAAAAUAUUGUUUCUCUCUGAUAGUCCCUUGUAACUGGUGCCAUUAAACUACUCAAACUUGAAAUAAACAUUGGAU